CUAAAAAAUAUAUAUAUAACAAUAUAAAUAGUCAUAUUUUACAUCAUAAGAAAAUUGGUGGAAAUGUCUUCCUCGCGAAAUAAGUUUCAAGCUUCCAAUUUGGCGCCUUUUCCAGACAAGGCAAAGCAGAAGCCGGGUUCAGAUUUCUAUAUGAAGUGUCCUUAUGACGAUAGCCAUUGUCUGCUGCCCAGCCGCUUCGCGUGGCACCUGACACGCUGUGCACGCAAUCAUACCAACAGUGGAAUAAUACGCUGCCCCUUUAAUGACACCCAUUUGCUGCAGCGUUACGAAAUGCCGGAGCAUGUGCUGAAUUGCCCAAACCGUCGCGAUUUUGUGCGAUUUCUGCAGCCCGAUGCAUUGCCGCCUGAAGAGCCUCGCCCGUCCACAGUCGACUUGGUAGAGUCCUCCGAGAACUGGGAUGAUGAACCCCCGGCGGCUACCUACGAUCCAAAAGAGUAUUGUGAGAAGAAUCUAAUUAUACGUCAAUUAGUUGGUGCCAUGCGACGCACAUUUCGCGAACUCGAGCGCAAUCGCUUCCAACAAAUUAUGCAAGGCAAGAAAUAA